AUGGCAUCAAUUGUGGUGACAAUUGAAGAUAUUUUCGAUGAAUUGUUGAUCGAAAACAAUAGACUAAUGAAUGAAUUAUUGUUUGCCAACAAAUUGAAGACAUUUUUGAUGAAAUUAAUUGAAAAGUAUGAAUCGGUUAUCGAUUGCGAAGACAAACAACAAUUCAAUGAUUUGACACAACAGAUGACAAUCAAUGGUGUCGACAAUAAAGUUAAUCAGAGUUUGAAUUUAAAAUAUGAUAAAUCAAAGCUCAGAGACUUUAAGACAAAUAAAGAUUUGAAAACUAGUCAUAGAUUUAGUAGAAGUUCAAUGAAAAGGAUAGAUGUUUCCGGUGUUUAUGACAAAGAUAUGACACCAUCUGAUUGUAAGCUCGCGAAUGAUGAUAAAGAGAUCACAAAUAAAUUUGACACAAGAAAUGGUAAUAACAUUACAAAUACAACUACCGGUAAUCAGAUCAAUAGGAUCACAAAAAUGACGAAAUUAAUCUCUAAAAAAUCAAAGAAGAAUAUCGACGUUAACUGUUUGGAAGUGAUUAAAGUCAAAAGUGAAGUUAAUAUCAACAACACGACCACUGGUCAGUCCGAUGACAUGUAUGACAACAGUAAUAAUAGAUGCGAUUCAUUGAAUUUGCAAACUAUUGUCAGCGAUAAUGAAGACAAUGAAUGGUUACCAGAAGAGUCAGAAACACAAAAUGUUAAACAAAUUAAAAUAAAAUCGAAAAUUUCAGUUAAAAACAAUUCAAGUGAAGUGAAAGCAUCGAAAUCAAGAAAAUAUGAGUUAUGUUAUAAUUCAGUAACCAAUUUGUAUGUUUGCAAUCAAAUUGAAUGCAACGGCAAAACGUUUGAUAAUUAUGAUAAACUUUAUCAACAUAUGAGGAAUCAUUCGGGCAGACGAUUCAAAUGCCAAGUUUGCGGUAAAAGUUUCAAAAAAUCAACUCAUGUUAUAAAUCAUCAAUUGGUACACUCGGACACUAAACCAUUUAAGUGUCCGCACGACGACUGCACUUAUGAGACCAAAUAUAAGUCAGCCGUUGCUCAACACAUAAAAGUCAGUCAUAGAAAUGAGAGACCAUUUUCCUGUCAGAUAGCCGACUGUGGCUUCAGAUUUGUCACUAAACAACAACUCCUUAAACAUACACAACUUCACUCCAAUGAUUACCCGUUUCGGUGUACUUUUGACGGAUGUGACAAACGAUUCAAAGUCGAAGGAUAUCUUAAAGUUCAUUCAUUAAUACAUAGUUCUGAAAAAACUGUUAAAUGCUAUUACAAAGGAUGCGAUGAAAUGUUUCGCACAGUUUAUGGCAGACAUAAACACAUAUAUAUCGUUCACAAGAAAAUAGAUUUACUGAAAACGAAGUCAUGUGAAUGGCCCGGAUGUGAGUAUAAGACAAAACAUAACUCUGCGAUGAUGUCCCACAAACGAGUUCACGCAGAUGACCGGCCAUUUCAAUGUGAUUGGCCAGACUGUCAUAAACGCUUCCGAAGAUUACAACUACUCAACGAACAUAAGCACAUCCAUACUAACGAUAAGCCGCACGCAUGUCAUUGGCCCGGAUGUCACUACCGGUGCAAUGAUAAGGCAAAUCUAAGAAAACAUUUACGGACUUCACAUAAAUAA